UAUGUACCCUUGGUACGGAGCGUUAUGCAGCCACUGGUGAGCACAUCCGCCGCAGCAGCUGCGAUUCCCUCCCCUCCUCCUCCCGCGCUCACUCUUCCGCCUCCACGCCGGCGAAUCCCCCCGCCCCUCACCGCCGGAGCCCUCCUCUGCAACCGCACCGGCUCCGGCCACGCCAGCCCGCGGGGAAGACGACCCCUACCCCCGCCGGCGAUGUCCCACCCGCUCUCCUCCGAACCUCAUGCUUUGGAACAAAGGGCAGUGGUAGUAACCAACAAGCAUGGGGAGAAGCUCGUGGGAGUGCUGCAUCACACGGGUUCAAGCAAGAUCGUCGUAUUGUGUCAUGGUUUUAUAUCUACCAAGAACGACAGUCUCAUUCUUGACCUGAUGGCUGCAUUGACAAAGAAAGGGAUUAGUGUCUUUCGCUUUGAUUUCAGUGGAAAUGGAGAAAGUGAAGGAGAAUUCGAGUAUGGAAACUACAGGAAAGAGGCUGAUGAUUUGCACUCCGUUGUAUCAUAUCUUUGUAAGGAAAAGUAUGAUGUAACAGCAAUUGUUGGCCAUAGUAAAGGGGGAGAUGUAGUAACUCUAUAUGCUUCUAUUUAUGAUGAUGUACGCUUGGUUAUUAAUGUAUCUGGUAGAUUUGACUUAGAGAAAGGCAUUGAAGAACGUAUAGGGGAAGGAUCAAUUGAUAGAAUAAAUAAAGAAGGCUACCUUGAUGUCAAGGAUAAAUCAGGAAAUGUACAGUACAGGGUAACUAAAGAGAGUUUGAUGGAGCGGCUCAACACCGAUAUACGUGCUGUAAGCAUGUCCAUUACCAAGGAAUGCAGGUUCUUCACAGUUCACGGUUCAGCAGAUGAGACUAUACCUGUGGAAGACGCCUAUAAGUUUGCGAAGCAUAUACCGAAUCACAAGCUGCAAGUUAUUGAGGGAGCAAAUCAUAACUACACCGCGCAUCGCGAAGAAUUGGCUGAUGCUGUAGUGGAUUUCAUCACAUCUAAUUAGUUCUGCAUGUCUGAGAGACUGAGACAACCUCAUUCACGAGAGAUGACUUCUUGUGAUGGAGGAUCCUUGUGUAGGUUUUGUGCCAUUUCUCUGCCUUUUCUCCUCUAAACAGGUAUAAAUCUUUGGGGAAUCAAAUAAGCAGAAAGCAGGUGUAUCCGUGUAUAUUAGUGUACCAUUUCGUAGGUCCAUAUUGAAUUACUGAUAUGAAUUGUUUCUUGCAGAUGUCUGUGUACCUACAGGAUUCCUGUAAAUAUCAAACUCUAUAGUAGAACCGUAUAAAAUUUCAGGUUUUUACUUUGUACUAA